AUGGUGAAAUUGCACAUUAAACAAGGAGAUGAGAGUCUAUUCCUCAUCGAAACAACUUGCCAAGCAGAACUUUCCGAGCUGAUACCUCAAAUUGUUCGGAUCCAGAAUGGCAGAUUAAAAAUUGAACGUUUGUUUUACGGUAGGGAAACCCACAUUUGACCUCAGUAUACAGUACUCUAUCUUUGGUGGAGGUUUGAACUUGAUUUCUCCUCUUGAUCACUGCUUCUAGAACUUUCUUCGGUUUUACUUCACUUGAAGGGAAUAGGCGUAUACAUAUUGAAGCAAUCGUUACGAUCUGUUUAAAAAACUUCGUCGUAGGUAGAUACGGUUAAAAUUCAAGUAAAAAUGAUUUUUUUAGUACACAUUUAAGUUACUAUGUUUCACUCAAAUCUGAAUUGCUUGUUACCUUUGUGCCUGAUACAUUCUCAGCUGAAGUCAUUUUGACCUGAAAUCAGUUUAAACCACAAUAAAAAUGUAUCCAGUACCGUUCAGACGUCUCGAAUGAAGAGUUUUUUUUAGCAGGCAAUAAAUUGACCGUGGAAUCACUAGUUUUAGAGGUCACACGUGAAGGAACUUUGUCAAUGAAUUUUGACUCUUUUCUGUACAUUUCCAAAUUUACUUCAGCUGAAAGGAGCCAGUUCUGGUAUUAUUAUCAUUUUGUAAUUCAAACAUUCAGUCUCAGUCUUUUAAAAUGUGGAACCUCACAGGGUAAAUGUCUUUUAUGGGAGAAGUCUUGUUCAGUUUGUAGCACAGAAGUGUUAUUGCUUUGGGUUAGGGUUUCAAAAUGUCCUUGAUUGUCCAAAAUGUCCUUUCAGAGAUGGAAGAGCUUGCAAAACACGGCAUAACCCUUCCACCCAACAUGCAGGGACUUACAGAUGAACAGCUGUCUGAUCUGAAUCUCCAUGAUGAUUGGGAGGAUGAGUGUGUUCCCAGUGGAGGUGUCAUUGAACGUAAGGACCCACUUGGCAGACGGAAUGGGAAAGGUACUUUGACAUGAACUAUUGUCUGCAUUUGGUUGUUGCCUUUGAGUGAUCAAAGGCGAUUGUUAUGUUGAAUGAUGUUAAAGUGUACAUGUACAUGUAAACUGAACUUUGCAUUUUACCAGAUUGAAGAGAUAAACUAUUUUAGUGACAUUUAUCUAUCAUAAUACAUGGAAUUCAUCUCAUGUGGGUCAUUCCAUUUUAGAACUGCUUAAAUGGUGAAAUUUAAAGUAUUUCUUAUCUAGCCCAAUCAAGAAUUUUUGGAAUCCCUAAAUUGAUAAAAAAGUUAUCUGAAAGUUGACUUUACAGGAAAUGGCGAAGAAAGGCUGUUUAUUUUUGUCCAAUAAAAAGUGUGUGAAAAUCAUUUAAAAUUAUUUUUGUAAGCUUGGCUCCUUUUACAGUUUUUAGGGGCCCAAACUUGAGUGCUGUAAAUUAUCAAAAUCCUGGAAAAUCUCCAGGCCCUGGUUGUUGAAAGAUCAGAUAAUGCUAUCCACUGGAUAAAUCUCUAUCUGGUGGAUAAUGCUAUAUGUUUUGCUAUCACUUAUCUGCUGGAGAGCAAUUUAUCCAUUGGAUAGCAUUAUCCACCCUUUAUACAACUGGGCCCAGAAAAAAAUAAGCCUACUUUACAUCUUUACAUCUUUGUAUCUUAUGGACAUUAUGUUACGGACAUAACAUUAUGGACAUGAUGUUAUGGAAAUUACAUUGCGUACAUUAUGAGUGAAUGACUUUUAUUACUGUAAUUCUUUUGGAAGAGAUAAAUACUACAGACAAAACCAAUUUUGUUCAAAUUUAUCACAUCCAAGCUUACAGCACUUUUAAGUAAACACUAUUAAUAAUAACCACAACAACAACUGUGCAUUUAUAGUUGCAACACCAUGGUGACAUGAGGAGUAUAAAUUUUCAAAAAGUUUACAUCUAACUAUGAAUUAUUAGUUUACUGAGAGACAAAUCAUUUCAAGAGCCAGUACCUUCUUUUAAAAUAUCUAAAGAUAAAAAAAAACAACAACAAAAAAAACAUUCAAUGUUUUAGAAAUGUGUCUUAAAACAAGCAAUACUUCAACUUUCAAAGACCAUUGCAAUGAUAAUGACUGUCCUCAUACUACAGAGAAAAUUGUCAAUUUAUACUGAGUGAGUUCAGUGCAAUGUAACUUUCCAAAAUAGUGGCUUCUUAAGAUUCAAUGAAUAGUUCUCAGACAAGGAGUUCAGCGCAAUCCAAGUUCAGUAAUUAAAACAAUCAGCAGUUAGUUUGACUGGUUAUUUUAAAACAUUUUUUUAAAAGAUAUUUAAACAGCCUCUGAAUAUAUGAAAGACUUGGAACAUUGAAAGGUCCAGUGCCUUUUAGCUCUAUGGGGCCAUAGCAGACUCUGCUUUUGUGCACAAUUUCCCAAUAUUGCUCCUCAGAGGCCAGUUAAAUGUUUCCACAACUUGGCAAAGAAAUUUAAUUUCAACCUCUGUGAGUAUCAGUAACCCUAAGGACUCUUCCAGUGUAAAACUUGGUCUCAAACUAGAAAUCUAAUCUGCACUGUAUCUCAGAAAGCAAGAACCAAAAGACAGCAGAAAUACUAGUUAGAGCUUGCUCAAAAAAACUGAAUUGUAAGGAGCAUGCUCUAUAGGAGAUACUCCACAGACCACAGUGACAUGUUCACAAACUGUAGUAUUAAGGUUAUGGUUAUCAGCAUAACCAGAUGAGAGAGUUAACUUGUAAUUGAGCCUGAUUAAGAAUACAUUCAUCAGUUCUGAAAUUAAGUCAAUUAUCAAAAGUUCAUAAACAAAUAAGAACAUUCCCUUAUUCAUACUGGUGUAAAACAAAGUUUCACAGUGCAAUGUCAUUAACAAAAAUUGUGUAAUGUCCAUAACAGCAAGUUUUACCUCAAGCUCAAAAUCUAACCACAGAAUAAGGGAUACAACUAGAUUUUAAAGAGCUAUGAAGCAGCUUUGUUCUUAUUAUUAUUAAAUGAUUUUUGUCUGAAUAGUCAAUUCCCAGGAAAACUAUAAGUUGAUGUCAAGUGAACACAUUAAAUUGUAGGUUGAUUUUUUUUGUAAUGUCUGUAACAGAAUUUCAUACAAAAUACUGGUAGCAGCUGUUGAAGAAAGGAAAGUUUCUUUACUGCUGAUAGUCAAUUACCCCAUGAGGAAUGUUUGAACAAAAUAAUUAUAAAUUUAAAACUGUGUAAAAUAAGUUUUUUUUAAGGAAAUUAGUUUCCAAAAAAAUUGGUCUCUGGGUGUAAUGUCCAUAACAUGGAAUUGCCCAUACAUAGGACCCCACAAUAGUUGUGACUGUCUAAUGCAGACUGAGAAUAAAUUAUAUUACUGAACAACAGAUACAUGUAUGGCAUGAAAUAUUCAGUUCAAAGUUAACAUGUUAUAUUGUAAAUAUUUGAAUGACAAGUUUAUACUCUAUUUCAUGUACACAGAGACAAGUAUCUAAGUACAUAAAUUAAUGUAAUCACGUUCCUUUUUGCUGUAGCACCCAGUGAGAAAAUGGCAGAGGUCAUCAACAGAACAAGAAAAGAAGCAAAGGCUAAAGUGUCCAAGGUUUGUUGGAAAUGAUACAAGUAGUUACUUGUACAUAUAUAUUUGUGAUGGUAACUGUACUGUAUUUCUGACCACAGGUGAAACAUGUGAUAUUACUCAUCAUCAUUUUUUAUUUUAUUUUAUGAUACUGCAUGUUUAAGAUUUUGAAACUUGAAAAAGUAACAUGGGGGCUGAGUUUCACGAACUUCAGGGCAAUUGAUAUAAAGCAAUUAUUGAAGGAUUUCAAUUAAUUUUUGAAAUGUGUAUAUUUCACCAUCCCUAUUUUAGGAACAAGUGGCAGCAAAUAUCUCUCUCACUGAUGAGAUUAUUAAAGAUUCUUUAGAUCAAAUGAGAGGAGCUGUGAUGAUUGUGUAUCCCAUGGGAUUACCUCCCCAUGAUCCUAUCAGACAUGAACUGGAAAACAAAGAGGAUUUAUCUGGAACUCAGGUGAAGCUACCGGUAUUAAAAACACAAGUAAUGUAUGCGUAAGUGUAUGAAUGCACUACAUGCAAGUUAAUGGAUUAAGCUACCAAAAUCAAAGUUGAAAUUACAACAGUGCUGCUGCUGCUUAUGAGAUUACUCCCUGACCCAGCAUAAUCUUUUUCUUUUGUGUUCUUACACGCGUGUACAUUACAUGAAUUAAGGGGAAUUCUCCCUUUAAGUCAGGCUGAUUAAAAUGAUGCAAAUUGCUAUCAAGCAUUGUGUACUGUAUGGAUGCAUCCAAUAAGCCCAACAAAAUCAUGUACAGUACAGUAUAAAGUUGUUUUUUUCCUCCUUUUAGUUACUUUUGAUUAUAUAUACCUGUUUUUAAACAUGGGGUGGAUGACAAAAUUGACAUUAUUUGGAUUGUAUGAUUUUCUUAUUUCUCAUCAAUUAGUAAAUAAAAAUUACAUAAUUCCCUUGUCUCUCUCAUUUCCACUGAAUUUACAUGUGUGAUGUACCUUCCCCCUUAACAGGCUUCCCUUCAAGUCUUGGAUGGAAGCACUACCCAAUUGUGGUGGGCUGGGAAGGAGCUUCAGAGAGGGAAAAAGCUGCAAGACUUCAUCGGGAAAAAUGAGAAAACAAAACUUAUUGCCAAACUUCAAAAGGUGAACAACGAGAAAAUAUAUCUUAAAUUGCCCGAAGGGUGAAUGCAGUUGAAGCUAAGGAAUCUUCUGCAGUGGUGGUAGUCACUGAGAUGUGUGACUUUGCAUGUGUGUGUUAGUGUUGGGUGGGUGGUGGUAGGUUGGAGGGGGAAGGUUGGCCAGCUGGUCUUAUGUGCAGGGUUGACUGAGUUGAACCCUUUCAUUGAAAUUACUAAGUAUAUCAAUUUCGAAUUGAUUAAGAACUGCAUUGAAAUGAUUUAGUAAAUAAAUAUAUCUGAUGGGUUUGAUACUAUACUGUAUGUUACAAUAAUUGGUUUGUUUCGUUUUGUUUUUUCGAUACAAUUUUUUGUUUUUUUCUUUUUUCAAUGCUUGAACUUGUACACUUCUUGAUAAAGUUAGUGAAUGUAGCACAUGUGAAAGUGUGUGUUUUAAAUUUUUCUACCUGAUUACAGAAGGGACAAGGGCCACCCAGCAGAGAACCAGUGUUCAGUGAAGAGCAACGGAAACAAAUGAUGGCUUAUGCUUACAGGAAACAAGAAGACCUUAAGGUGAGUUUUCACAUCCAUGUACAUUUAAUUUCCUUUUAUGUGUUUACUAAAUCUUAAGUUAAGUCACUUUACACAAAGGAAGAAAAAAUUUGAAAUUAUGGAACCCAGUAUAAAAUAUUUUUCUGUGCCAAAAGCUUGUAAUUUUGAUGAAUGAUCAGGAAAGUAGAUGUUAAUACAUAAUUGAUGUAUAGGACUAAAAGUGUGUCUUGCCACUAUCUCUGAUCUGAUUUUUUGGAAAUUUUCACCAUACAACACUUGCUCACAUACAUUUGGCAGACCCAGAUUUUGUCAUGUUAGAGUGACUGGCUUUUAAUUCUUCUUAGAGUAUUACUUUUGAAUUUGAAAUGAACGUGAUGAGGAUAAAGGAAAUAAUUACCAAUUUAAGAAGCACCUGAUUUCCAAAAAAAUUCCCCUUGUCAGUAGCAUAGCAUUGUAAAGAGAACAGUGAGGAGAAUGUGAGUGUUAAUGUUAAGCAGGAAGGCAAUGGUCAAGCUCUGUCAUUGAUAUACAAUACAUACAUUCAUUUUUAUUUAUUUACAAGUCCAUUUUUUUUCUUGUAGAAACUUGAAACAGAUGAAGACGACAGUUACCUUAACUCAGACUGGGCGGACCCCCAAGCACUUAAAAGACAAUUCCACGGUGUUGGGAACGUUAAAUGGCGACCUUAGGAGGAAUGGCGACGGUUAAUUACUUCAGAUGUAGGGCUAGCUUUAUCAAAUAAUCAAUUAGUUUUCGUAAUCAUUUUCCUGCUUGUUACUUAAUGUGAAAGGAGGUCACGGUAGAUUACAGCCGUAACAGACAUACUGUCGUCGCGAUUUAAAGCUGCAGUCCUUGAACGAAGGGUGGAGAAGGAAAUUACGGACGUUCUGAAGGUGUGCCCUCUCAAGAUUUUUCCUUAACUGUCAAGUUCACCAGUUGAAUGAGAGCAAGAAUGGACAAGAAACUUCUUAGGGCGAUCCUUUCGUUGCUACGCUAGCGCUGGGAGGUGAAGUAACAACAAAAAAAUCUCACUGAAUUAUGGUGAGCAAGAACAAGAUUAUGGUGAGCAAGAACUGUAUGGAAACAUUUAGUGAUCUAGGGUCAAGUUUAGGAGAUAUUCGGUAUAACUUUAGGUGAAAAGUUCACACUAAGGCCUACUGUAUUUUAGAGGAUACUUGCCAUUUUAGUAAGAUUUUCUGCACAUUUAACAAUUUACGCCUCGAGCAACUCGUACGCAUCUUUCGUGCUCUCCAAACUUCCCACGUGCUUCAGAUCUCGAUGAACGCACGCUGACGUAUGAACCAAUUGUUUUAUAACCUUCAACCCGAUGGAAAAUUUUUUUCUCGAGGGAUUUGUUUGCUGACGUCAUGAGCGUGCACAAUUGAAGAAAUGUAAAAUGGUUUCCAUGUUUACAUAGCCUGAUGUGAGUGUGGUUUCCAGCUUAUCGAGUGUUCUUCCAACCCCCUAAGUGUUUAUGACAGGCUAUGUAAACACGGAAACUAUUUUACAUUUCUUUUAUAAAAUAACUAAUGAAAGAGCCUCUUCUUGCAACGAAGAAAAGCGACGUGCUUGUUGUUGUUGUUCAUUUGGCUUUUCGGCCGUUUCUUGAAUACUGGGAAAAUUAAACUCCAAAGAAAAAUUAGGAAAAUCUUCUUCUUCCAUUACUGUACUCAAAACAAACUUAAAGAAACUAUGUUAAUGCUAAAUAAAUAGCAGGGAGAACUCCGCGAGAAGAUUCAGUAUGAAAACCGUGUUUACAUACGCUCAUGUAAAAUGGUUUUAUGGCCAAUCAGAGCGCGCGUACUAUUUGAAUUAUUUUAUAAAGGAAUAAGAAGCACGCUCACGCAUUUGAAUUUGAUUAGACAAAUUUACUAGCUAUGUUAUGCUAUCAUACGUCAGCGUGCGUUGAUCGAGAUAUGAAGCACGCGGGAAGUUUGGAGA